AUGAUAUAUUUGAGAACUUCAAAAGAAUAUUUGUCAUACAAUGGAACUGUUGUGAUCCCUUGGCUCAUACAAGCAAGAUCUAAUGUAACCCACUCUGCGCGGGAUUUAGAGAAGAUUCCUAAUAGUGAUAGACCUUCGGCGUCCUUUUGUCGGAGUCCUAUAGAGGAUAAGCCUGAGCCUAUUAGUACUGAAAAUUCUAAGACCUCUGAAUAUGUCUUCCAUCUGUAUUCACCUAAGCUGCCAUCUCUAUUGUAA